UUAGAUUUUGAUGAGAGUUGUUCUGUAACCCUUUUCAUAAUGGCUGCCUUUGAUAGAGAACGAUUAAAUAAAAAAAUUAUCGUUUCCUUCUUUUCACCAAAUCCGAAUCUGAAAAAAGUAGAUAUUUCCAAAAAUGAAGAGAAACCGACUAAUACAAAUGAAGUAACAACUGAUGGGAAAUACGAAGAGAAUAUCUUGCCAACCACUUUUCUCGAUGAUUUGAAAUUUUUUUACAAUGGCAGUAUCUUCCAUGACGUUAAGUUUCAGAUUGGUACAGAAACAGUCCCAGCUCACAAGGAUAUACUUAGGGCCAGAUCUCCUGUGUUCAAAACAAUGUUUGAUACAGACAUGAAAGAGAAAGUGAGUGAAUGUAUUAACAUUACAGAUUUGAAUUUGGAUACAUUGAAGCGGAUGCUACUUUUUAUCUACACAGACACCACUGGAGAACUUGAUUUUCAGAGUGCCAAAGAAUUGUAUUUUGCAUCUGACAAGUAUGAUAUAUCCUCUUUGAAGCAGAGAUGUUCAAAUUUUAUGGCACAGAAUAUGCAGCCAUCAAAUGUGUGUGAAAUUUUAAUUCUUGCGGACAUGCAUCGCGAUGAAGAACUGAAGUCUGUUGCUCAAGAAUAUAUUCUAGAACACGACCAACAAAUAUUUACAUCAGAUGAGUGGAAAUCAUUUAUGGAAAGCAACAGCUAUCUAGCUGCACAGGUGAUGUAUUUGAAGUGUUUGAAAAAUUGAAUUGUAAAUUUCAUUGCCAAUGGAUGUACAAUUUAAUUAUUUUAUUAAAUUAGUAUGCAAUAUAAUAGUAUUUCCAAAAUUGCAAUCAUUAAUUUUAUAAAUUCGAUGUUUAGCUAAAUAAAUAUAUUUUU